AUGGCUGCUCAGAUGACGCUACCUGUGCUGCUGCUUACGGGGAUAAUAUGUGUGGUGACUCCUCAGACGACUACAACCAUGAAUCCUCAGGUGACUGCAGGACCACUCUACCCCAUUAAUGGCACAGCAACUGCACCGGCACUUGAUGGAAGUUCUCCUCUGAUUCCCUUGGAACACCCCUUUGUGUUCUUUGGAAAGUCAUAUAACCAGACUUAUGUGAACCACAAUGGACAUUUGACCUUCGACUCCUCAUGGUACAGCUACAUAGCUCGACUGUUUCCAUUGAAUGGAACCAGAGAUAUCAUAGCUCCAUUCUGGACUGAUUUUGACAACAGACAAACUGGUCUGGUUUUCUAUAACCAAUACACCAGUGGCGAUGUCCUACAACAAGCGACAAAAGACAUCAAUGACUACUACCCAGGACUGAACUUCAACGCCAGCUUGGUCUUUGUUGCAACAUGGUAUGAGAUGGCCUACUACCCCACCACUGGAACAAAAACCACAGUUCAAGCAGUCUUGAUCUCUGGUGGCCAGUACUCAUUUGUGCUGAUGAACUACGGGAUAAUAGCCCCACCAGUUCACAAUGUUCAGGUGGGAUACGACACUAUCAAUUCCCCAUACUAUUUCAACCUCCACUCAGCAUUCACUGCCGCUACAUUAGCCAAUGUCUCAGACGAGUUCCGCCAGAGCAGCAAUGUCAAUGUACCCGGUCGCUGGGCACUCCGGGUCGAUAAUGGAACCAGGACCUGCACUUUCAAAGGUAACCAAAUCCAAGAGGGUGAGUCAUUCUGGAGUGACAGUACCUGUACAGAGAAAUGCACCUGCACCUGCGCCGGCCUACAGUGCACCAGCCAACCCUGCUCUUUCUCUCAAAUCUGCCAGCCUUCUGCCUUUCAGUUCUCCUGCCAGACAGUGCAGAGAAAAACCUGCACUAUAAUGGGUGAUCCACAUUACUCUACCUUUGAUGGGACAUUGUUUCACUUUCAGGGCACCUGUACUUACAUUUUAUCAGAGCAAUGUGGUCAAGGACUGCCCUACUUUAGAGUAGAGGGCAAAAAUGAACACCGGGGCAGCACCCAUGUUUCAUGGACCAGACUGGUUAAAGUGUUUGUCUACAAUGAAACUAUUGAGAUUGUGAAAGGACACACGGGUAUGGCCAAGGUCAAUGGACUAUUUGAAGCCACUCCAAUAUCACUUCACAACGGGGCUAUACAGGUCUUCAAGUCAGGUUUUUCUGUCAUCAUCACCACUGAUUUUGGAUUGAAGGUAUCCUACGACACCAAUCAUUACGUCCAGAUCAGUGUACCCCACACGUACUUCAAUGCAACAUGUGGCUUAUGUGGAAACUUCAACAACAACCCUGGGGAUGACUUUCAAACCCCUGAAGGACAGCUUGUUAGCUCUGAUGUGGAUUUUGCCAACAGCUGGCAAGCAUCAACAGACGAUAACCUUGGUUGUGAGCCCCAGUGUGGAGGUCUGGAUUGUGCUGCCUGCACCCAGUACCAGACCGAUUUAUACAGCAAUUCUUACCAUUGUGGUCUCCUCCAGAACAGUUCUGGUCCUUUUGCUGCUUGCCAUCAAGAUCUUCCUCCAGAGACCUUUGUAGAGAGCUGCGUGUAUGAUCUUUGUGUAGGAGGAGGUUACCAGCCCAUUUUGUGCCAAGCCCUAAAUGUCUAUGCAAGUCAGUGCCAACAGUUGGGUAUUCAGCUGCCAAACUGGAGGAGCGAAGGAUUCUGUGGAAUCCAGUGUCCCCCUAAAAGCCACUUUGAGUCCCAAGGAACAGGAUGUCCAGCUACCUGUGUCAAUCCCAAUUCUGCACAAAACUGCCCUCUGCCUGACCAGGAGAGCUGCAUCUGUGAUCCAGGCUACAUCCUCAGUGCUGGAGUCUGUGUUCCACAUGCUGAGUGUGGUUGCAGCUUUGAGGGUCGCUACUACCCCUCUGGGGCCACCGUAGUACUAGACGAGGACUGUGGAAGGCUUUGUAGCUGCAGUUAUGGCUUCAUGAAUUGCAGUUCGAAUACUUGUGGCCCACUAGAAUCUUGCGGAGUGGUUGAUGGAGAAAGAGGAUGCACACCGAACAGCUAUGCAACAUGCUGGUUGAAGGGCCCUGGGUCUUAUCAUACAUUUGAUGGAAAGACAUACCAGUACCCUGGGGCCUGUCGAUUGACCCUUGCCAAAGUCAUGGGACUGUCUGAGCAUCCUCACUUCAUGGUGACAACGGAAAAAGUCCCCAAAGGCCAGCAAGGUUUUGCCAAUGUGUUAACGUUUGAGGCAGAGGGAACACACAUCUCUAUUGAAAUUUCAGACAGCAGCAGAGUUAAGGUUGACGCUCAGCUUGUCAGACUACCCUUCAGCUCAGCUUCUAACCGAAUCCAGAUCUACCACAGCAGCAUCCACAGUAUCAUCAUUCGCACAUCAUUUGGCGUAACUGUGCAGACAGCCUGGCCACACUUUGUGCGUGUCACAGCGCCCAGCAGCUACAACGGCUCACUUGGUGGACUCUGUGGUAACAACAAUGGUGACCCUUAUGACGACUUCCUCACACCCAACGGCAACCCUGUCGAGAGUGCUCAGGUCUUUGGUGACAGUUGGCGAGAUGGUUCCCUAUCUGCACACUGUGUUGAAAACAACAUUGCUACAAAAUCAAACAACUCCAGAAAAGACUGUGACAUCCUUGGCUUGCCACAUGGACCAUUUGCUGAUUGUUGGGCCAUGGAAGAUGCACAAAAACAUUUGAAUGCAUGUGUGGAAAGCAUUGAAGCCUUUCCAGAUCCAGAAUCAGCACUUUGCAAGGUCCUGGGUGAUUAUGCACUGAUGUGUCAGCAGAAGGGUGUCUCCAUUGGAUACUGGAGGAAUUUAACUGGCUGUGAGCAAAACUGCCCUCCGCACAGCCACUAUGAGCUCUGUGGCAACUCUUGUCCUUCCACUUGCCCCAGCCUCUCCUUCCCCUUCACCUGUAACACCAAGUGCCAUGAGGGAUGCCAGUGUAAUGACGGUUUUGUCCUCAAUGGCAAUCAGUGUGUGCCACCAACAGGCUGUGGGUGCUACUAUAAAGGACGAUCCUGGCAAAAUGGUGAUGAGUUCUGGGACAGUGAGGAGUGCCAGAGCCUGUGUAGCUGUAAUGGCAACACUGGGUUAGUCCAUUGUACCCCGUCCACAUGUAGUCCCCUUGAGUCCUGCCGUGUGGUGGAGGGUGAAUACGGUUGCCAUCCAAACCCGCAUGGGGUCUGCUCUGCCUCCGGUGACCCCCACUACGCAAACUUUGAUGGCAAGUUGUUUGACUUCCAGGGUACCUGCCGGUAUGUUCUGGCAACACUUUGCAAUGCCACUGAUGGACUCGACAAUUUUUCAGUGGAAGCAAAGAACAAGGCAUGGCACGGGAGUCUUGUCUCAGUCACAGACGAAGUUUUUGUCUCUGUUUGGGGCUACCAAGUGUACAUGUCAGGUGGCAGUAACAGCGUGGUCCAGGUAAAUGGAGUAACCACAAAUUUACCAGUUGUCUUGAAUGGAGGUCAAGUGUCAAUCUAUGCAAGUGGAUCUCGCACCUUUGUUACCACUGAUUUUGGCCUGAGUGUCACAUAUGACGGAUGGAGUACAGUGACCAUUUCUGUGCCUUCAAAUUACAGUGAUCAAACGUGUGGACUUUGUGGCAACUUCAACGGGAAUCCAAAUGAUGAUUUCCGCACCCCAUCCGGAAUGAUGGUCAACACCCCGGAUGACUUUGGGAAAGCUUGGAAAGUGGCAGGCAACUACACUUGCAGUGAUGGCUGUGGCUCCUCUUGUCCACAGUGCACCAAUGACCAGCCUGCUAAAGCCAAAUGUGAGGUGAUUCAGGCAGUCAAUGGCCCCUUCAGCUUCUGCUACACCAAGGUGGAUCCAACGCCGUAUUUCAAUGACUGCGUGUUUGACGUUUGCGUGUCGGGUGAAAACAGCCAAGAUCUUCUGUGCAGGGCCAUUCAAGCGUACGCUGCUGCCUGUCAGGCUGCUAAUGUUCGAAUCUACCCUUGGAGAGAGAACACAACCUGUCAACUCGACUGUACAACAGCCAACACUCACUAUGAGCUGUGUGGUACUGACUGUGGCCACACCUGUGCUAGCAACAUCGAUGCUAUCUGUGAGCACGUCUGCUCUGAAGGCUGUUUCUGUGAUGAAGGCUUUGUCAGAAGUGGGGCAAAUUGUGUUCCUGUGGAGAACUGUGGUUGCCAGUAUGAUGGCUACUACUAUAGUGCCGGUGAGUCCUUCUGGACAGAGAAUUGCUCACAACAUUGUGAGUGCUUUGCUCCCAACGACCUACGCUGCUCUGCUGCAUCUUGCACUCCUGAACAAGAAUGCACCAUCAGAAACGGCCAGCUGGGCUGUUUUGGUGCGAUGCCUGCUAUGUCUCUUUGUACCGUGUGGGGGGACCCACAUUACGUCGGCUUUGAUGGGGCACUGGCUCAUUUUCAAGGCACAUGCUCUUACAUCAUUACUGAGAGUGUGAGCCACGGCAUCAAUGAAACCCAGUUUCAGGUCGUGGCCACCAAUAAUCAUCGCGGAAACAACCAUGUGUCAUUCGUGUCAGCAGUGGAUGUAUACCUCUCUAAAGCACCGGAGAACUCAGCACACAUCAGGAUUGGACCAAACAAAAGAGUGAAGGUGAAUGGAAAUGCAGUGUCUCUUCCCACCACAGCAGGAGCCUUUGCUCAGUUGUCAAUGCAGGGAAGAUUCGUAGAGGUCGAUGCAGGUGACCUGAUUGUAGAAUUUGAUGGAAGGAGUACUUUACUGGUUAGAGUUAGCAGAAAUCAUGAAAACAGAGUCAGAGGGAUGUGUGGAAACCUCAAUGGAGAUGCCACAGACGACAAAGCCUUGCCCAAUGGAACUUUGGCACUGAAUGAUAACCAGUUUGGGCACAGCUGGAAGUCGCCCACGAGCCAGCCAGGGUGUGGAUCCACAGAUAAAGAAGUUGAUGGUGGAAUAGACAACUGCCCUUUGUUGCAAAAAUACUCUGACCUCUGCAGUGUCAUCACCAACACGAGUGGCCCAUUUAGUGCCUGCCACCCGCACUCCGAUCCACAGCUGUUUUACACCUCCUGUUUGUAUGAUCUCUGCCUCUACACUCCAGCCCAUGGCACGCUGUGUUCUGCCGUCUCCGCCUAUGAGACAACCUGCACAGUUUUAGGAUCAAACAUCCUAGAAUGGCGCUCUGCUCUGCAGUGUGCUGAGUCAGACCCCUGUGAUCAUCUGGACUGCACAGAGGAUGAGUGGUGUGGUGAGAAGAAUGGAGUAUAUGGCUGCUUCUGUGAUGAGACACACCAUCGGGCCAAAAACCAGAGCUACGACUCAACUAUCACUUGUGCCAGCAGCACAGGCAGCAUGUCCUUGUCACGCUGCCAGCUGUUUGAAGCUGGGUUUGAUCUGAGCGCCCUCCACCUCAGAGAUCACUCUUGCAAUGGGACAAUCCAGGACGGACGAUUGAUCUUCAAUUUUGACAAUGCAGACCACAAGUGUGGGACAGUUCUCAGGAGCAAUGGGACACAUUUCAUCUAUGAGAACAAUGUCAAGGGUGACGUUGAUCCCCAUGAGGGUCUGAUCAGCCGCAAAAUGUCGCUUAAUCUGGCUUUCUGCUGUGAUUACCCUCUGACACAGGACCUGUCUAUGACUAUGGGUAUCAACCCCGUAGAGAGCAUUGUGAACAGGAAGCUUCCAAGUGGCAUUGGGCAGUAUAACAUCAGAAUAUUACCCUACCAGGAUGCUGACUUUCAAUUCCCCCUCACUGGAGACAGCACCGCAGAAACAGAAAUCAACCAGAAGAUGUACGUGGAAGUGCGCACAGAAGGAGUGGAUGAAGAGCAGAUCUCCACCGUCAUCAAUUCAUGCUGGGCCACACCUGUCAACAUCGCAAACCACCCUGUCCGCUGGGAUCUCAUCACUGCAGAGUGUCCCAACCCAGAGGAUGGAACCGUAGAGGUGAUUCAAAACGGCAUCUCCACUGUGUCCCGAUUCUCCUUCAGGAUGUUCACCUUCUCAAACUUCUCAGCCAUCUACCUGCACUGCAAGGUCCACCUUUGUCUCCUGAAGGAAAAUGAUUGCGCCAGCCACUGCUACCAAGGUGACCACGGACGAUUUAAGAGGGCUGUAGCACACCUUGACAGCACAGACAUCUCAGUUGGACCCAUCUUUAAGAGGCAGGAACGAUCACUUUAUAAAGCUGUACCAUUAGGAAAGAGCGGUGCCCAGGGCCAGCUGAUCUCUGUCGUGAUCCUGCUAGUCAGUUUGCUGACUGUAAAAUCUCUGAUCUAG